AUGGCGCCCGUCGGCGGGGCGAGUUACUGGGCCGCGUUCUCCCGGUGCUGCGGGAGGGUCGUGGUCGCGCCUCGCUUCGGGGGUGCGGCUUAUUCCUCCGUGCUUGCGGUGAACAGCGGGGAAGGCCGGCAGAGGGAAGCUUCAACAAGGAGAAGAGGCAGGACACCACAGUUCAUAAGACCACAUGCACCUCCCAGAACUGAGAAGAUGGCUGUUGAUCAGGACUGGAGCAGUGUUUAUCCAACAGCAGCUGCAUUUAAACCUGCCUCUGUGCCUCUCCCAAUUCGAAUGGGUUACCCAGUGAAGAGAGGAGUUCCUCCGCCAAAAGAAGGCAACUUAGAACUUAUAAAGAUUCCCAAUUUUUUGCAUCUUACUCCUCCUGCAAUUAAGAAACACUGUGCAGCUCUUAAAGAUUUCUGCACUGAAUGGCCAAGUGCUUUGGACAGUGAUGAGAAAUGUGAACAGCAUUUUCCUAUUGAAAUUGAAACAGUAGAUUAUGUUUCUGCAGGGACAUCUAUUCGUAAUCCCAAAGCAAGAGUGGUGACUUUAAGAGUUAAACUUUCUAACCUGAAUUUGGAUGACCAUGCAAAGAAGAAGCUCAUUAAACUUGUAGGAGAGCGCUACUGUAAGGAUACAGAUAUGCUCACAAUUACAACAGACAGGUGUCCGCUAAGAAGACAGAACUAUGAUUAUAGCAUACAUCUCCUCACCGUUUUGUACCAUGAAUCUUGGAAAACUGAGAAGUGGGAGAGCGAGAAGACUGAGGAAGACAUGGAAGAAUAUAUCUGGGAAAAUAGCUGUUCUCAGAAAAAUGCCUUGGAUACACUACUUCGAAUAAAAGCCUCAGAGAAUGUCAGUAAUGUAACUAAGGAAGAGCUUCUUGCAUCUGAAGUGGUUAAGAAUUACAGAAACUCUGUAAUUGCACUUAAAAAUGAAGGUGACACAGAAAAUAACGUGUCUCAGUAUAAGGAGUCUGUGAAGAAACUAUUGAAUAUACAAGCAUUACCAUGAGAGCAGACUCUGCAGGUACACCUGAUUAUUACAGAAAUGUUAAACUACUAUGUUAAUAUUUCUAUAUUAUAUGGAUACAUAAUUAUUCAGAACCUUAACUGAAAAUAUGAAACUUGAUGAUAAUUUCAGUAGUAAUCAGGUUUUUCUUUACCACUGGAUUUUCUUGUAAACAUAAUUUUCAGUUCCAUGAAUCUUGUUUUUUGAAUAAAGUAUGUUUUGAGUCAUAUUGGUGACUUGAACAUUGUUCUGUGCUUUUAGCUUGGGAGAUCCUGGUUCAGUCCUCUGCUUAAUCACUUCUCACACAGUAUCUUUUGGCAUAUAACUCACAGUAACAAUGUCAAAAACAAUGAAAUGACUUAGGCUCCUAGAUCCAUUAAUUAAGAGUCUGAAAGUUAAGAGUUCUAAACUUUCUAAAUGCUUUUCAAAUGUCAGUCAGAUUUUUCUCUAUCUGUACUCCUGUAAAAUAAAGGUAAUGUUGCCUAAUUAGUUUAACUUUUGGAGAGGUGUUGAAACACACUGAGCAGUAUGAGGUUCUCUCAGUUGUCAUCAUGAGGGCUAACAAAUACCCUAAGUAAAAAUACCUUUCUCUAAAAUGGUGGAAUAAAAUAAGAUAGAAAAUAGGAUGGUAGUAGGCAGAUGAACUAGCAAUUAUUGACAGGAUACCAAAAUACCUGGGAAAGGAAGAAUGGUGAGAGUUGCUGAAAGUGAGAGCUGGUGAGUAGUCAGGUGAGGAAUGGACUGAGUCUUGGUACCCUGAGGCCUGCUGAGUUGUCUCUUGAAUGUACCCAGGCUGUUCAAGGAAAAAAAACAUCUGUAGCAUCCAGCUUACUGCUGUGAAGCACAGACAAAGAAAUUAUAUAGGUGUUUAUCUUGUGUUUGGUAAUUUGUAUUUGAAAGGAAUUGACUUGAAGCACUGGAAUCACAGGCAACUUCUAUUGCCCUCUCAUGGCUAAUAUAUAUAAAAAAAAAAGCCCUUAAAAAUAUCAGCUUGAAAGGACGUAACUCUUCUUGCUUUUAUUGUACCUUCCUGGCUUACUAAGAUUUCAGCUUAGAGAGAAAGUUUUCAUUUUCUAGAAGGGGCAGAGGGAGUUUUUAUUCAUCAGACUUAAGGAUUCUACAUACCUACAAGAAGAACCUAGCAUGUGGCCCUGCCAGCAACUUGUUGAGAAGCAGCAGCAUAAGAGUAAGGACAUUGACAACUGAAGGGAAUUGAUUUCUGCAGGGUGUCCUAUGUGGCUUGACUCACUGACUGCUAGGAUUUCUCAUUGUUUUGUGUUUGCAUACAGCCAAAGGGUUUAUGUAUUCCCAUUUCCAAAACAUUGUCAGUUUUGGAAGUAGUCUUCUUAGGUAGGGACUGUUUUCUUAUGGCAGGAGACUGAGUUUAAUGCAGCUUUUUACUCCCUAUGAGAAGUUGCCAGAGCUGUAGCUAAGAUUGAAAAUGCUUGGCCUAUAAUUCCAAUUUUGCACUUACCAACUUGGUUAUUUAGUGGUCCUUCCUUUUAGAUUUGUAUUAAUAUGAAGUUUUAGCAGAAGCUUAAUAUGGGGUAAGUUUUAGCUGUUAUCAGGUUGUUCCUUUAGUCAAGGAUAAUGAGGGUAAUGUUUAAAAUUCUCAUUUGAAAUAGUAUAUCUCUGUAAUUCCUAAUCUUUUUUGAACAGCUGUGAAACCAAAAUUACUGAGGAAGCAACUGCAGUUUGACUCAGAGUGGUAUGGAUGGUGGAGUUGUGCCUGGCUUUAUGCCAAAGGCAAUUUGGUUCUAGUAUGUACACAAGAAAAAUGUUUCCUUAAUUAGCUUUGUCAGUGCUUGCAUAUGGACUGGUGUACUAGCAAGCAUAUGUAACUAACUUCUGUUUUGCAGUGGCAUGUCUUGUACCAGACCGUCAUGAGUAAUGCCCUUAAAUGUUUUAAGAAAUCCAAAACCCCAUAAGCUUGCUUUUCUCCAUAAAGUUGUCCUUAUGUACUCAGGACAUAGGAGCACCUGAUAAAAUCCUCUCUGCAACAGAGGACAGUUCGAUUUUCCUUUGCUCUUCAUAGACUUUAAAUGGACCUAAGCAGAACUCUGUUUGAAAGUUGUAGUUAAAAUAGCAAUUUGACUUAACUAAUACUAAUGGCUGGUAGAAAGAACAGCACAGCAAGGGAAAUUGAUUUUUUCAUUUGAUUGUGUUAGCAUUUCAUUAGCUUCACAGCUAAUUAACGGAAAACCUAAAAUGCACAGGCUUCUAGUGUUCCCUCUGAAAUGUUCAAGCCUAGCUUAUAUACAUUCUAUAAAUGUUUCAAGAAAUACAGGCAGGAUAAAAGGUUGCUGUCUCCUGAGUGUCAGGACACUCAGAUGUCUCUACCAACAAUAGGUUAUACCUACUGGCAAAGAACAAUGGUGGGACUAAUUCAUUGUGUUCCUUAACCACAUCCAACACUUACCAUCAGGAAUUAAUUGCCAAAGAUACCAAUUUUCCAGUAGUAUCUGGCUUAAUGACCCUAUGGCUAUAGAACACUUGGCCAGCUGGCCUUAGAAAUCUGCAAGAUUGACCUCCAACCUUGGUUUUCAAUGUUGUCUUCAUGUCCUCUCCUUGCUAAGAAACAUGCGAGCAAAAUUAAAAACCUUUCUAAUACUGUAAGUGCCAAAUCAAGCUGCUAGAAUCAAAUGCAAUAUAAAAUUCAGAGUUACGCUUGUGAUUUUUAGUAAUGGUUUAUAUGUUACAGUACAGAUCUCGUGUAAUGCAGUGGACUGGAUCAAAGGUAGCCUGGGUUAUAGUUUGAGCUCUUUGUCAUCUUGGAUGUUUCUCUCUCUGUUUUUCUGCUUCCCCCUCUAAACUGUUUGUGUUUGAGGGUGGCAGUAUUUCUCUGUGAUUAUGUAGAAUACCUAGAACAGUAGGAUGUUAACUCCAGUGGGAGUCUUCCCAACCUUGAUGAUGUAUAAUAUAGCACGUGUUUUUAUGAACUGAGCUACACAUCUCUAUUUUCCUGUAUAAUACUCUUGCAGACCAUGUCAUUGGACACCUGCACUGAAGUUUAAAAACUGUGAAGAGUUAAAGAGUAAUAGACUUACAGGUUAAGCAACUGUAUGGCAGAGUAAUAAGUGUAUCUGUAGCAAUCGUCACUUAUUAAUAUAUCAUGUGCAUCAUAAUGUAAAUGCAUGACUCUAAGGUGUGUAUCCCUCUAUACAUACCUGUGUCUAUGUACGUACUUGUUACAUGGAAGUGCUCAUGUUACUUAGAAAUGUAGGUAGGUAACACUUAAAUCAAGAAGCAGGCUAGGCCCCCCCAGUGCAUAAAUUUGAAAGAAAGGAGGAGCAAAAACCCACACAUAAUAUCUAGAGGCAUUGGCUGUUCCCAUAGGUAAUUCUUUUACUGGUAUUUACUGGCCAAGAGGAACAUUGAGCUGGUUCAUGAUAGCCCUGACCUCAGGCAACCCUGUGCAUCACAAAUUGAAACUUGAGCAGGAAGGCUACUACUGUAUGUGCUGCUUUGCAGUCACUGUUCUAACCUCCAAGUAGCAGAUGUCUCAUUUCAAAUCCAAACACUUGCCCCCGCAAAGUGGAAAAGUAAGUUCCUUACAGCAAGGAAAAAUAAGCCAUCAUCUCCAAUGGGAAAAAACCUCACAUGAAUUAAGUUCUUAGCCAUCUGGAAUAGUUGUGAUGUAUAGUUUUGCUGGUGCUGUUGAGGAGACUAACCUUUCUUUUAUCUCCCAUAUAAACAUUCUAAAGAAAAGUUGAGAUCUAGCGCUUGGUCAAACUGGAAAAGAACUGGCUUUGUCAGCAUUUGGGCUAAUUUUUUGCAUCUAGAAACUACUGUAAUCACUGGCAUAAGAUGUCUUUAGUAAACAGUGUGCUAGGAGUUGUGAAGUGAGAUGUUCAGUGUUGCUAGUUUCUUGAGGUUGUUUGUCUAUGUUCUAUCGCACUUUUGCCCUUUAAAAAAGGGCUGUUGGACACUAAGCAUAAUCUCUUGCUCAGAUUAGACAAGAAGGCCUGUACAGAGACAUAAUUUAGUCUUUGGCAAGGAGAGUAGAUGUUACAACUACUUGUAACUUCAGCAGGCCCUAAGCCCUGACUGUGACUGGCUGUGUGUGAAGAGUUGGUAAACCCCUACAGAUAAUCUCAUGGUCUUCAGGGAACUAAUUUGUACUCCUGGCUGGGGUUGACACUUUUUGCCCUAUUUUCAUGCAUAACAUUGCUACAAGCACAAAUAUGGGAUAAAGGGACAGUGCCUAAAAAAGGAUGUGCUGUCUGGAAAAACUAUCUUUCUACCCAUUUCUUGUUUUCCCUCAUACUUAAAAUGUAUGUAUGUAUUUAUUGUGGCUCUCCUAGUCUGUAAUAAAAUAGUCCUGCUACUGUGCUUUAUAUAA